AUGGCCGUCGAUUCCGACAGAGGGGAGGGGGAUUUGGAGAUUGGGUUGGCGUCGCCGGGGUCGGAGGGAGGCGUUUCGCCCGUCGCCCCAGGCCGCCGGGCGCUCGAGUCCUGCCUCUCCGGGAAGCGCCUCGACCAGUCGCCGUCGCCGUCGCGGGCGGUCAGGCGCCCCGCGCUAGUCAUGUCCAGCUCCGGGAAGCGCCUCGACCAGUCGCCCUCGCCCUCGCGCCCGGUGCUGGCCAUGUCCCGCUCCAGCAACCGCCUGGGCCAGCCGCCCGGCCGCCCGGUGCUGGCCAUGUCCCGCUCCAGCAACCGCCUCGACCACUCGCCGGCGUCGUCCUCGUCCCCGACGCCGGCCAAGGGGCCGGCGCUCGUCAUGUCCGGCUCCAGCAAGCGGCUGGAGCAGUCGCUCGCGUCCCCGUCGCCGUCGCCCAAGGCCGGCGCCGCGGCGCCGCCCGUGCUGGUGCUCUCCAACUCCGGCAAGCGGAUGGACCAGGCGGGGCGGAAGAAGUACGUUAAGCAGGUGACGGGCCGACACAACGACACGGAGCUCCACCUCGCCGCGCAGCGCGGGGACCUCGACGCCGUGCGCCAGAUCAUCGCCGAAAUCGACGCUCAGAUGACCGGCACCGGCGAGGAGUUCGACAGCGAGGUGGCGGAGAUUCGCGCCGCCGUGCUCAACGAGCCCAACGAGGUCGGGGAGACCGCGCUGCUCAUCGCCGCUGAGAAAGGGUUCAUCGACGUCGUCGUCGAGCUGCUCAAGCACUCUGACAAGGAGAGCCUUGCGAGGAAGAACAAAUCAGGAUUCGAUGCUCUGCACGUCGCUGCAAAGGAAGGCCACCGAGAUAUUGUGAAGGUACUCCUGGACCAUGAUCCAUCCCUUGGGAAGACGUUUGGCCAAUCAAAUGUGACUCCUCUGAUAACUGCGGCGAUUAGAGGCCACCUCGAGGUAGUGAACCUUCUGCUGGAGCGAGUUUCUGGGUUGGUUGAACUAUCAAAGGCGAACGGAAAGAAUGCAUUGCAUUUCGCUGCCCGUCAGGGGCAUGUUGAAAUAGUUAAGUCCUUGCUAGUCAGUGAAGCUCAGCUUGCUCGGAAGACUGAUAAGAAAGGACAGACCGCUUUGCACAUGGCGGUUAAAGGAACAAGCGCUGCGGUUGUUAGAGCACUCGUGAAUGCUGAUCCGGCCAUAGUUAUGCUACCUGACAAAAAUGGCAACUUAGCUUUGCAUGUUGCCACCAGGAAGAAAAGAUCAGAGGUAUUCUUCUGCCAUGUUAGAUCUUGUGCUCAAAACGCAAUAAUUUUCUUCUUGUGUCUCACAAACUGGUGCCUGUUGCAGAUUGUGAAUGAGCUUCUGCUUCUUCCGGACAUGAACGUGAAUGCGCUGACUAGGGAUCGCAAGACUGCAUUUGACAUAGCAGAGGGUCUUCCGCUAUCAGAAGAGUCUGCAGAUAUAAAGGAUUGUUUAUCCCGUGCUGGUGCAGUGAGAGCAAAUGAUCUGAAUCAGCCUCGGGAUGAGCUGAGAAAAACAGUGACUGAGAUCAAGAAGGACGUACACACUCAACUUGAGCAAGCCAGAAAAACCAACAAAAAUGUGCAUGGCAUAGCAAAGGAACUGAGGAAGCUCCACAGGGAAGGCAUCAACAAUGCAACAAACUCUGUCACAGUUGUGGCUGUGCUCUUCGCCACAGUUGCAUUUGCUGCGAUAUUCACGGUGCCAGGAGGCAACGACGACCAUGGUGUCGCAAUAGUUGUGCAUGCGGUGUCCUUCAAGGUCUUCUUCAUCUUCAACGCCAUCGCCUUGUUCACAUCAUUAGCAGUAGUGGUGGUGCAGAUAACACUUGUUAGGGGCGAGACGAAAGCAGAGAGGCGAGUUGUGGAGGUGAUCAACAAGUUGAUGUGGCUGGCUUCUGUAUGCACCACGGUGGCAUUCAUAUCCUCCUCUUACAUAGUGGUGGGUCGGCACUUCAAGUGGGCGGCGAUGCUGGUGACCCUCAUCGGCGGGGUGAUCAUGGCCAGUGUGCUCGGUACGAUGACAUACUAUGUGGUGAAGUCCAAGCGCACGCGAUCGAUUAGGAAGAAGGUGAAGUCAACAAGGCGGAGCGGCUCAAACUCAUGGAACCACAACUCGGAGUCAGAUUCCGAGAUAGACCGGAUAUACGCCAUAUGA